AUGAAACGCAAUCUUCUUCUUCUUUUCCUAAUCUUCCUGAUCACCAUUGUAGGUUGCGUAUGGGAUCAUCAUCGUGUCCAUGCAGAAUCCACUCAGACCAUCUCCAUUACCUCCUCCGAAGCUCCCUCCGGAAGUCUCAAUCUUGGUGCUACUUUGUAUUUGCCCUAUUCGGGAUCCUCUCCACCACAAGCCGGAGCGAAAUAUGCAGCUGUGGUGUUGGUGCAUGGAAGUGGACCUCAGAAUCGAGAUGAAAGUGUGAACCAAUAUCCCUUCCUCAAUACCGACGUGUCUCCACCUCCGAAGAGUCCGAAGUGUGGAGUCUCCUAUGUGAAUCUCUCACCGUUCAGUGAGAUUGGGAGACAACUCUCCAAAUACAACAAUAUGAUUGUUCUGACCUAUGACAAGAGAGGUUGUUGUGUCUCUUCCUUGCAUCCAGAAUUCUGUUCCAGCUGCACCUUGAAUACCACUUCGAAUCAAUUUGUCGAUUCGUGUUAUCACGCAUGUGCUUCGAAUGAUAUUCCUCAAAAGUAUAAUCUCAAUGUAUUGACUUUGGAUGAUUAUGCAAUGGAUGCGUAUGCCAUGUUGAACUGGUUGAGUGCUCGUUCCGAUGUCAAUUCAAGUGCUUUGAAUUUAUUGGGACACUCGGAAGGUGUUGGAGUGGUCAUUCGAGCUCAAAAUAUUUGGAAUCAAAGAAAUCCAAACAAACCACUUAGCAAUGUCUUUCUUAUGAAUGGUCUUUUAGGAUACAAUUAUGGAACUUUUUUGGUUAACCAAAAUUGGAGAAAUGUGAAACGAUGGCAAUCCUUUAAGGAUGCAUGUGUCUCUGAGGGUGGUUCCAGCGAUAUGAUUAAUGCUGCUACCAAUAAUAUUGCUACUGCAAAUGCCACCUACAAUGCAUUGGUUAAUUUCUUUCCCAAAUUUGAAAAUGGUCAAUAUCCUGUCAAUGCCGUCUACAGUAUUGGAGGUUUAAUUCCAGGAACUUUUCUUAAUUCUUCCUUCUUUUAUACCUCCAAUCAAUUUGCACAACAAUACUUACUGACAUCGAAUUCAUAUUUUUGUUCUUUGAAUUCUCCUUCUGAUUUGAACAUUCAACCUGCAGAGUAUCAACCAUUGGUGGACUUUUUAGGUCAAAUGAAAAGAUCAACUUCAAAAGUGUUGCAAGGAGUCACUCAUUUUGAUACACCUGCAGAUCUCUCAUCUAAUACUAUUAGAACAGAUGCCAUGCAAUUUAUUCAAUGGUGUUUAUGUGCAAAGGAUGGACUGUGUACCAUAUCGGCAAGUAAUAGAAUUGAGAUGGCAUUACUUUUGGCAAUGGUAAUGAUGGUUUUCUCCUCUUUGUUCUUGUUGUAA